AUGGUUAACCUGCUGAAUCUCAACAAGUAUUCAACUUCUAGGUUGAGCAACGGGCAGACUGUCCCUAUUGCUGGAUUUGGAACGUAUUUAAUCCCCGCAGAGAAAGUAACUAAACUUGUCUAUGACGCGUUGGCCGCCGGUUACAGGCACAUCGACACAGCCAUUGCUUACAAGAAUCAGCGUGAAGUUGCACAGGGUGUCUCAAAGUUUCUUAAAGAUCAUCUAAAUGUUCAGAGAAGCGAUAUUUGGUUCACCACUAAAAUUGCAGAGAAAAACCAAGGAUACGAGAAUACUCGAAAGGCGGUGCAGCAGAUUAGCGAUGAGACCAAAGAGUUUAUUGAUUACGUCGACUUGAUUUUAGUUCACUCACCAAAGACAUCUACCAAAGAACGGUUGGGUACUUAUGAGGCUUUACAGGAGUAUGUACUCAAUCCUGACAAUGAAACAUUGAACGUGAGAUCAAUUGGAGUUUCUAACUACGGUGUUGCACAUUUGGAAGAGUUGUUCCACUGGGAGAACUUAAAAGUUAAACCGGUGAUUAAUCAACUUGAAUUGCAUCCUUGGUUGCCCAGAGUUGAACUCAGAAAUUACAUGGAGGAACAUAAUAUCUUGACUGAAGCAUACUCACCACUUACUCGUGGACGUAAGUCGGAUGAUCCCGAGUUAUUGGAGCUUAGCCAGAAGUACAAUUUGUCACCUGCAGAGAUUUUAUUAAAGUGGUCGUAUUUGCAAGGAUUCAUUGUUUUGGUAAAGACUGAGAACCCAAAAAGAAUCAAGGAAAACUUAGAUAUAUUACCUGACUAUCGUUCUGAUAGUGGGGACGAGUCGGGGAAACUUGAGUUGAAUUCAGAAAUAUUGAGAGUGUUGAACAAACCCGAUUCAAAGAUUGUUCUCACUUGGGGUGGUGUUGAUCCUACAUUGUAUAAAGAUGAGUAA